AUGGUUAGACUCACAGCCUGGGCCACGGUGCUAAGUGCACUUAUUCCCGCUCUCACGGCUUUGCCCCUCGAGGGAAGCAGAGAUGAUUCUGCCACCUACAUUGUAUCCUUCAAGCGCGGCCUCAACGAGAGCGACAUUGACUCGCAUUUCGAUUUCGCCAACGACGUCCACCAUCAGUCCUUGGCUCGCCGGAGUUUCACGCCGGGACUGGCGGGCAAGACGGGCAUCGUUCGCAGGCACGAAAUCGACGAACACCGCAGCUACACCGCAGUCUUUGACAAGGAGACCCGCGAUGCCAUCGCCUCGCAUCCGGCGGUGGCGCUGGUCGAGCGCGACGAGGAAAUCGGCAUCGACAUCCUCAACCCGGUCGACACGGAGGAUGUGGACUACGAGUCCCGCUCCGGCAGCGGGGGACUAACGGAGCUUGCCGACGGCAGCCUCCUGCAGGCCGACGCGCCGUGGGGCCUGGUCAGCGUCUCGUUCGAUCACGACAAGAGCGUGCCGCAGCUGGGGUCCGUCUACCGCUUCCCCAAGGACGGGCAGGGCGAUGGCGUCUACGUCUACGUGGUCGACACGGGCGUCCGGACGUCGCACGUCGAGUUUGAGGGCCGCGCGAAGCACGGCGCCAACUUCGUCGAGGGCGAGGACAACGCCGACAACAUGGGCCACGGCACGCACGUCGCGGGCACGGUGGGCGGCAAGACGUUCGGCGUCGCCAAGAAGGCCAACAUCAUCGCCGUCAAGGCCCUCGACAAGAACGGCAAGGGCAACGUCUCGGGCCUCGUCGCCGCCUUCAACUGGGUCGCCGCCGACGCCAAGAAGAACAAGCGCCAGAGGAGGUCCAUCAUCAACUACAGCGUCGGCGGCAAGGGCGCCUCUAGCAAGGCCUUCCGCGACGCCGUCCUCGCCGUCCAGAAGAUCGGCAUCCCCGUCUUCGCCGCCGCCGGCAACGACGGCGCCGACGUCAAGAACACGUGGCCCGCCAACAUGAAGGAGGUCUUCACCGUCGCCUCCACAAACUCCCUGCUCAAGCGCGCCUCGACGAGCAACUACGGCGCCACCGUCGACAUCUGGGGCCCCGGCGAGGACAUCAGGUCCUGCGGCCACAAGUCCGACAAGGCCACCGUCGAGAUGUCCGGCACCUCCAUGGCCACCCCGCACGUCGCCGGCCUCGCCGCCAGCUUCAAGAGCCUCUGGGGCUCCGACGUCGACCACGUCGAGGUCCUCUACCAGUCCAUGCGCAACUACGCCGCCGUCGACAAGGUCAAGGACGCCAAGGGCAGCGUCAACCUCUUCAUCGCCAACGGCCUCCUCACAAAGGGCAAGGACCUCCCCACCUACGAUCCCCGCCCUCGCCCCCCGAUGAUGUAA